AGGGGGAACUGAGAGGCGAGAGGAGGAGGAAGAGGAGGAGAGAGGGCAGCGGCGCACGGUGUCUCCGGCGGCUCAGUCCGACCGCGGCGAGCUAGCGGGCAGGCGCGCCGCCCCCUCCCCCGCCCGGCCUCCCCAACUCUGCGACCGCGAGCAAAGUUUGCAAAGAGGCGCGGGAGGCGGCGGCCGCAGCUAGGCGGCAGCUGGGAAGGCGCGCGGUCUCGGGGUUGGGGGCGGGGGCGGGGGGCUGCCCAGGAUCUGGGUGGGGGGCGGCGGCCAGCAUGCGGCCCCGCAGCGCCCUGCCCCGCCUGCUGCUGCCGCUGCUGCUCCUUCCCGCCGCCGGGCCUGCCCAAUUCCAUGGGGAGAAGGGCAUCUCCAUCCCGGACCACGGCUUCUGCCAGCCCAUCUCCAUCCCGCUGUGCACGGACAUCGCCUACAACCAGACCAUCAUGCCCAACCUUCUGGGCCAUACGAACCAGGAGGACGCAGGCCUGGAGGUGCACCAGUUCUAUCCAUUGGUGAAGGUGCAGUGCUCUCCCGAGCUGCGCUUCUUUCUAUGCUCUAUGUACGCACCCGUGUGCACAGUACUGGAGCAGGCCAUUCCGCCGUGCCGCUCUAUCUGCGAGCGCGCGCGUCAGGGCUGCGAGGCGCUCAUGAACAAGUUCGGUUUCCAGUGGCCCGAGCGUCUGCGCUGCGAGCACUUCCCGCGCCACGGCGCGGAGCAGAUCUGCGUGGGCCAGAACCACUCCGAAGACGGAGCGCCAGCGUUGCUCACCACCGCGCCGCCGCCGGGUCUGCAGCCUGGCGCUGGUGGCACCCCGGGAGGCCCCGGCGGAGGCGGCGCGCCCCCACGCUACGCCACGCUGGAGCACCCUUUCCACUGCCCGCGUGUGCUCAAGGUGCCGUCUUAUCUCAGCUACAAGUUUCUGGGUGAGCGCGAUUGUGCUGCUCCCUGCGAACCCGCGCGGCCCGACGGCUCCAUGUUCUUCUCGCAGGAGGAGACGCGUUUCGCACGCCUCUGGAUCCUCACUUGGUCGGUGCUGUGUUGUGCCUCCACCUUCUUCACUGUCACCACCUACCUGGUGGACAUGCAGCGCUUCCGCUAUCCAGAGCGUCCUAUCAUUUUUCUGUCGGGCUGCUACACUAUGGUGUCGGUGGCCUAUAUCGCAGGCUUCGUCCUCCAGGAGCGUGUGGUAUGCAACGAGCGCUUCUCUGAAGACGGUUACCGCACGGUGGUGCAGGGCACUAAGAAGGAGGGCUGCACCAUCCUCUUCAUGAUGCUUUAUUUCUUCAGUAUGGCCAGCUCCAUCUGGUGGGUCAUCCUGUCGCUUACCUGGUUCCUGGCAGCGGGCAUGAAGUGGGGCCACGAGGCCAUAGAAGCCAACUCGCAGUACUUCCACCUGGCGGCCUGGGCCGUGCCGGCCGUCAAGACCAUCACCAUCUUGGCUAUGGGCCAGAUCGACGGCGACCUGCUGAGCGGCGUGUGCUUCGUGGGCCUCAAUAGCUUGGACCCGCUGCGGGGCUUCGUGCUGGCACCACUCUUCGUGUACCUGUUCAUUGGCACAUCCUUCCUCCUGGCCGGCUUCGUGUCGCUCUUCCGCAUCCGCACCAUCAUGAAGCACGAUGGCACCAAGACGGAGAAGCUGGAGCGGCUCAUGGUGCGCAUCGGCGUCUUCUCUGUGCUCUACACGGUGCCAGCCACCAUCGUCAUAGCCUGCUACUUCUACGAGCAGGCCUUCCGCGAGCACUGGGAGCGCUCGUGGGUGAGCCAGCACUGCAAGAGCUUGGCCAUCCCGUGCCCGGCGCACUACACGCCGCGCAUGUCGCCCGACUUCACGGUCUACAUGAUUAAAUACCUCAUGACUCUCAUCGUGGGCAUCACGUCGGGCUUCUGGAUCUGGUCCGGCAAGACUCUGCAUUCGUGGAGGAAGUUCUACACGCGUCUCACCAACAGCCGACAUGGCGAAACCACCGUGUGAGCGAGGGCGCGCGGCUACCCUGCACCUCCGGGAUGGGAUGGCACUGUGCUUUCCUUCUGCGGCGAGGCGGGGGGGAGGGCUCCCUACGGACUCCUAUUUUAUUUUUUUAAAUAAAGAAC